AUGUCAGAAGACGGUCAAGCAUCCACCAGCAGGCACAAGAACCACAGAAAAGAAAAACUCGACCCAUUUCAACCAGAGGAUAACAAAGCCGGUCCAUUCACCGAGGAAUCGUCGUUUGCGACGCUAUUUCCAAAGUACAGAGAAAGGUACUUGCGGGAGGUAUGGAGUGCGGUAACAAAGGCCUUGGAUGCCCAAGGCAUAGCAUGUACACUUGAUCUUGUCCAUGGUUCGAUGUCGGUACGGACUACGAGGAAGACAUACGAUCCGUAUAUCAUUCUGAAAGCUCGGGACAUGAUCAAGCUGCUUGCUAGAGGCGUUGCCGUCAAUCAGGCUAUCAAAAUCAUGGAUGACGGUGUAGCAUGCGACAUCAUAAAAAUCGGGAAUCUUGUGCGGAAUAAGGAGCGGUUCGUGAAGCGACGGCAGAGAAUAAUAGGGCCAGAUGGGAGUACGCUGAAGGCAAUUGAGCUGCUCACACAAUGCUAUGUACUUGUGCAAGGAAGUACAGUCAGUGUCAUGGGACCUUAUAAGUCCCUGAAGGAGGUUCGGCGGAUCGUCCUAGAUUGCAUGAAGAAUAUCCACCCGAUAUACCGCAUAAAGGAACUAAUGAUUCGUCGUGAGCUCGCAAAGGAUCCAAAAUUGGCAACAGAAUCCUGGGAUAGGUUCCUUCCCCAAUUCCGCAAGCGUCACCUCAAAACAUCGGAGAAAACAGCGAAGAAGAAUGACAAGCUCUCAGCGAAAGACGAAGCCCGAAAAGCUGCUGGAUUGGAAGGAGCAUCUUCGAAACCUGCUAAAAAGGUCUACACGCCCUUCCCACCAGCGCAGCAGCCUCGGAAGGUCGACCUCCAAUUAGAAUCUGGCGAGUAUUUCCUCAAAUCUCACGAAAAGGAAGCGCGAGAAAAAGAGCGAAGACAACAAAAGCAAGCAGAAACUACUGCUAAGCGCCGUGCUGAACGCGCUGAGGCGUUUGUGGCGCCAGCUGAGGACGCGGCCCCCACAGUGAAAGAGAAGCGCAAACGACGACCUUCAGCAGCAGAUUUGGAAGCCGAAAUGGACGGAGAGGAACAAGAGGGCAAGGAGAAAGAGAAAAAGAGGAAGAAAAAGCAUCGUGUACCCGAAUCCAUGGAGUCUUCAUAG